CACUUCCGCCUCGAACUCUCCUGUGCCUCUCUCAAGUUGUGCUGGAAGUUGUUGCCUCUCUCAAGUUGUGCUGGAAGUUGUUGCCUCUGUGAAGUUGUUGCUUCUCUAAAGUUCGCGGAUGAGCUGUUGAAGGGCUCGAGAGCAGAUGAGCGGACAGACGGUCCCCGCGGACUUCUCGGGACACAUGUUGGACCUGGACGAGGACGACGACCUGGAGGUUUUCAGCAAGAACCCGUCGCUGGCAGGGGGCGGUCCCAUGCCCAACUCUCCCAGCUCCAUGGUCAACCAGUACAGACUGGAGGAGGAGGAGGAGCAGCAGGAGGCCAACGCCAGAGACCUCUUCAUCACCGUGGACGACCCAGAGAGCCACGUCACGGCCGUGGAGACCUUCGUCAUGUACAGGGUGGCCACCAAGACCACGCGGAGCCAGUUCGACUCCAGUGAGUACGAGGUCCACCGGCGCUACCAGGACUUCCUGUGGCUCCGAAGCAAACUGGAAGAAAACCACCCGACGCUCAUUGUCCAUCCGCUGCCGGAGAAGUUUGUGAUGAAGGGCAUGGUGGAGCGCUUCAACAACGACUUCAUCGAGACCAGGAGGAGAGCCCUGCAGCGCUUCCUCAGCAAGGUCUCCCUGCACCCCGUCCUGUCGCACAGCCACCACCUGGAGGUCUUCCUCACGGCGCAGGACCUGCUGCCGUACAAGAAGCAGGGCCCGGGCUUCCUGAGCCGCUUGGGGGAGACGGUGAGGGCCGUGGCCAGCUCGGUGCGAGGCCUGAAGAGCCGGCCGGAGGAGUUCAGCCUCAUGAAGGAGUACGUGGAGGACUUCAGCAUCAAGAUCAGCUCCGUGGACAAAGUCACCCAGAGGAUCAUCAAGGAGCAGAGAGAGUACCUGGAUGAGCUGAAGCAGUACAACCCCACCUAUGCCCAGUGGGCGGAGUCUGAGGGGGAGCUGGCGGAGCCCCUGAACGGCGUGGCCAGCUGCGUGGAGCGGUGCAGCAAGGAAACGGACGAGCAGAUCCAACACCUGUCCUCCGUCCUCGUCCCCGCCCUGCACGACUACGUCCUCUGCGCCGAGACCCUGAAGGCUGUGAUGAGGCGGAGAGACAACAUCCAGGCCCAGUUUGAAGCCAAGAACGAGGCGCUGGGCUCCAGGAGGACCGACCUCGAGACGCUGCAGGACGAGGUGGACAGUCUGGCCGACCGCGUGGAGCUGGCCAACAACGCCUUGAAGGGAGACUGGACCCGCUGGCAGGACGGCAUGAGAGCUGACCUCAAAUCCGCCUUCCUGUCCACCGCCGAGAAGAACGUGGAGUACUACGAGCAGUGCCUGGCCGUGUGGGAGUCCUUCCUCUUGUCUCAGAGAGUGGAACCCGGGGAGCAGAGGGACGGGGAGGACGCCUCCUGAGAUGUGGAGAGGAUGCAACCAAAACCUCCAAACCCAGGCCCUGUAGUGAUGGCCCCCCUCCCCCCUCAGACGUGCAUUAUGUUUGAAACAAGCUCUCUCGCUCGCUCUCCUUUUCUUUCUGGCCAAAGAAGUAAAUCCCAGCCCGCAUUCCAGUGAUGAUUGUGCUUCACUUAAACCAACACGGCGAUCAAUAGGUCGCCAUGCUGCCGUUUACAGCCGACUAGGCGCGCUGCCAAAAGCCAAAAGAAGGCUGCUGCUUCUUCUGGCUCCUCUCUGCUGCUUCGUUGUUGUAGAUACAGAACUGUCCUCGACACACAGACACUACAACGUUUCCGCCAACCUGUCGGGUGCGCCUCUUCCAAGGAUGCUGCUUGGUGACCAAAACUAAUGACGCUUCUAGGUCUCCCUCCCCCAACUGUGUAAUCGCCAAAGUGAGAGCGAUCAACUCUGAAGUAAUGUCACUAAUAUGUAUGCAAUCAAAACCGUAGAUGGAGAAAUCUAAAAGAAAAUUGUCUUUUACAAAUUAAACCUACUCAACAUGUUAUAAACUCCUUAUA